GGAGGAGAAGGUUGCGGCGGGUUUGAAAGCGGCAGUUUCCUGGCAGCUUGGGCAGGCGUUGGUCUUCGCGCUCCAGCUCCGCAGCGGCCACGAUCGAUUCAGCGACGGGUGUACGCGCGCUUCUGCGCGCCCCCGACGGAUUUUUCACGUUCCGGCUCUUCUCCUCUCACCUCCCCGCCCCCCGCCUCAGCCUUCCCGCCGCUCGGGCGGGGAGCCCGGGGGCCAGCCGUCGGCAGUGACCCCGCCCGAAACCCCUUCUGGAGCCGCCCGGGGACAAUUCUCUUCUCCUUUCUUCAGCCUAAUCCGGGGUGGCCCUUGCGGAGCCGGGUCAGCCCCGGGGAGCGCAGCCGGGAGAGGCGUCCGAGGGGCGUCUCGGGGCUUGGAGCGGCCGGGCCCCCAGCGGGCUGUGGUCACGGGUGGCCGGAGCGGCGAGGCCCCCCCCCCUCGCCGGGCUACGCGGGCCGCCCGGGGCCCCCAGGCUGAGAGGGGCCCGGAGCGGCGCCCUAGCCGCCCGCGCGGAGUCUCCCCUAUGGUGCAGCGGGGUUCGGGAUGUCGAAGACGCUGAAGAAGAAGAAGCACUGGCUCAGCAAGGUGCAGGAGUGCGCCGUGUCCUGGGCCGGGCCUCCGGGCGAGUUCGGCGCCGAGAUCCGGGGCGGUGCGGAGCGCGGCGAGUUCCCCUACCUGGGGCGGCUCCGCGAGGAGCCCAGCGGGGGCACCUGCUGCGUCGUCUCGGGCAAGGCUCCCAGUCCCGGGGAUGUGCUGCUGGAGGUGAACGGGACGCCUGUCAGCGGGCUCACCAACCGGGACACCCUGGCUGUCAUCCGCCACUUCCGCGAGCCCAUCCGUCUCAAAACUGUGAAGCCAGGCAAAGUCAUUAAUAAAGAUUUGCGACACUACCUGAGUCUUCAGUUCCAGAAAGGAUCAAUCGACCACAAAUUGCAACAAGUGAUCAGAGAUAAUCUCUACUUGAGAACGAUUCCAUGCACUACAAGGGCUCCCAGGGAUGGGGAAGUACCAGGGGUGGACUAUAAUUUCAUUUCUGUUGAACAAUUCAAAGCACUGGAAGAGAGUGGAGCAUUGUUAGAAAGUGGAACAUAUGAUGGAAACUUCUAUGGAACUCCCAAGCCUCCAGCAGAACCCAGCCCUUUCCAGCCAGAUCCUGUUGAUCAAGUCCUCUUUGAUAAUGAGUUUGACACAGAAUCCCAAAGAAAACGAACUACGUCUGUCAGCAAGAUGGAAAGAAUGGACAGUUCUCUUCCCGAAGAGGAAGAAGAGGAGGACAAGGAAGCUGUCAAUGGCAGUGGAAAUGCAGCAGAAAACAGAGAGAGGCAUUCUGAAUCAUCUGACUGGAUGAAGACUGUUCCAAGUUACAGCCAAACAAAUAGUUCCAUGGACUUUAGAAAUUAUAUGAUGAGAGAUGAGAAUCUGGAACCACUGCCCCAAAACUGGGAAAUGGCCUAUACUGACACGGGGAUGAUCUACUUCAUUGAUCAUAAUACCAAGACAACCACCUGGUUGGAUCCUCGUCUUUGUAAGAAAGCCAAAGCUCCCGAAGACUGUGAAGACGGAGAACUUCCUUAUGGCUGGGAGAAAAUAGAGGACCCUCAGUAUGGGACAUAUUAUGUUGAUCACCUUAAUCAGAAAACUCAAUUUGAGAAUCCUGUGGAGGAAGCCAAAAGGAAAAAGCAGUUAGGACAGGCUGAUACUGGGUCUUCAAAACCAGAUGUGGAAAAAUCACAGUUUACUCGUGAUCCAUCCCAGCUUAAAGGUGUCCUUGUUCGAGCAGCGCUGAAAAAAAGCACCAUGGGAUUUGGCUUCACCAUUAUUGGUGGAGAUAGGCCUGAUGAGUUCCUGCAAGUGAAAAAUGUGCUGAAUGAUGGUCCUGCAGCUCAGGGUGGGAAAAUUGCACCAGGUGAUGUUAUUGUAGACAUCAAUGGGAGCUGUGUCCUUGGUCACACCCAUGCAGAUGUUGUUCAGAUGUUUCAGUUGGUACCUGUCAGUCAGUAUGUAAACCUCACACUGUGUCGUGGUUACCCACUGCCUGAUGACAAUGAAGAUCCCAUCAUGGACAUUGUUGCUGCUACGCCUAUUGUCAAUGGACAGUCAUUAACCAAGGGAGAGACUUGCAUGAAUACUCAGGAUUUUAAGCCAGGAGCAAUGGUUCUGGACCAGAAUGGAAAAUCAGGACAUACCCUGGCCAGCGAUCGUCUCAAUGGACUGUCAGAUCCAAGCGAGCAGAGAGCAUCCAUGGCAUCAUCAGGCAGCUCCCAGCCAGAACUAGUGACUAUCCCUCUGAUCAAGGGCCCUAAAGGCUUUGGGUUUGCAAUUGCUGACAGCCCAACUGGACAGAAGGUGAAAAUGAUAUUGGAUAGCCAGUGGUGUCAAGGCCUUCAGAAAGGCGAUAUAAUUAAGGAAAUUUACCAUCAAAAUGUACAGAAUUUAACACAUCUCCAAGUAGUGGAGGUGCUAAAGCAAUUUCCAGUAGGUGCAGAUGUACCACUGCUUAUUUUAAGAGGAGGUCCUUCUUCACCAACUAAAACUGCCAAAAUGAAAACAGAUAAAAAGGAAAAUUCAGGAAGUUUGGAGGCCAUAAAUGAGCCCAUUCCCCAGCCUAUGCCUUUUCCACCCAGCAUUAUCAGGUCAGGAUCCCCAAAAUUGGAUCCUUCUGAGGUCUACCUGAAAUCUAAGACUUUAUAUGAAGAUAAACCACCAAACACCAAAGAUUUGGAUGUUUUUCUGCGGAAACAGGAAUCAGGGUUUGGCUUCAGGGUCCUAGGAGGAGAUGGACCUGAUCAGUCUAUAUAUAUUGGGGCCAUCAUUCCUCUGGGUGCAGCUGAGAAAGAUGGCCGGCUCCGUGCUGCAGACGAACUGAUGUGCAUUGAUGGAAUUCCUGUUAAAGGGAAAUCACACAAACAAGUCUUGGACCUAAUGACAACUGCUGCUCGAAAUGGCCAUGUGUUAUUAACAGUCCGAAGAAAGAUCUUCUAUGGUGAGAAACAACCUGAGGACGUCAGCUCUCCAGCCUUCAUUUCAGCACAGAAUGGCUCGCCCCGCCUGAACCGAGGUGAAGUCCCAGUCAGGCCUGCUCCCCAGGAGCCCUAUGAUGUUGUCUUGCAACGAAAAGAAAAUGAGGGAUUUGGGUUUGUCAUACUCACAUCUAAAAAUAAACCACCUCCAGGAGUUAUUCCUCAUAAAAUUGGCCGAAUCAUAGAAGGAAGUCCAGCUGAUCACUGUGGAAAACUGAAAAUUGGAGAUCAUAUCUCAGCGGUGAAUGGGCAGUCCAUAAUUGAGCUCUCUCAUGAUAACAUUGUCCAGCUGAUUAAAGAUGCCGGUGUCACCGUCACAUUGACCGUCGUUGCUGAAGAAGAGCAUCAUGGUCCACCAUCAGGAACAAACUCAGCCAGGCAAAGCCCAGCCCUGCAGCACAGGCCCAUGGGACACUCACAGACCAACCACAUACCUGGGGACAGAAGUGUCCUAGAAGGUGAAAUUGGAAAAGAUGUCUCCACUUCUUACAGACAUUCGUGGUCUGACCACAAGCACCUGGCACAGCCUGACACUGCAGUGAUUUCAGUUGUAGGUGGUCGGCACAACCAGAGCUUUGGUUGUUAUCCAGUGGAGCUGGAGAGGGGCCCCCGGGGCUUUGGAUUCAGCCUCCGAGGGGGAAAGGAGUACAACAUGGGGCUGUUCAUCCUCCGUCUUGCUGAGGAUGGUCCUGCCAUUAAAGAUGGCAGAAUUCACGUUGGUGACCAGAUUGUUGAAAUCAAUGGGGAACCUACACAAGGCAUCACACAUACUCGAGCAAUUGAGCUCAUUCAGGCUGGUGGAAAUAAAGUUCUUCUUCUUUUGAGGCCAGGAACUGGCUUGAUACCUGACCAUGGUGAUUGGGAUAGUAAUAAUCCUUCAUCUUCAAAUGUGAUUUAUGAUGAACAGUCACCAUUUCCCCCACAUUCACAUUCUGCUUCCACAUUUGAAAUGUCUCAUGUACCAGUAAUUGAAGAACCUUUAAUGAGUGUUCAGAUACGUGAGAAGGAAGAAGAAUUAAAGAACAUUGUGCCUGAAAAGAAAAGCACUUUAAAUGAAAAUCAGUCUCUUUUUGUCCAGAAAAAUGUGAAUAAGAAGGAUCCACCCAGUAGUCAUGGGCACAGUGAGAAAAAAAAACUAUUAAAGGUUGAAAAUGAUGUCACACGAAGAGGUAGAUCUGCUAGCCCCAAAAAGCCAGCCAAUCGAUUUUCAGAGGAACGUGUGGAAAAGACUUCCAGUCUUCUGAAAAAUGACCCCAAAAGAAAACCCAGAGAUCGAUCGCUCAGUCCCAGGAAAGGGGAGAAUAAAAGUUGUCAGGUCAGCACUAGGGGUGGUUCUGGCCAAGAUCACUGCAGGAAAAGCAGAGGACGAUCUUCUAGCCCAAAGAAGCUGCAAAAAAUUGAAGGAAGCAAAGACCAACCAAAUACUGAAGCCAAAUUAUUAGCGGGUGAGCGUCGAAGAGCAGGGGGUCACACUAGUGACAAUGCUGAGCAGAUCCUAGAUGGGAAAGAAAAAUCCAGUGUCAUCAAGAAAGAUACAAAGCCGAGUCAGUCUGGAAAAAACAGAACAAGAUCUCCAGAGAAAAAAAACAAGAGAAUGGAUGAAAAGUCUCUUCUAUCCAAAAAGGCUAAUAACACUGCCAGUAGAGUACUAUCUGAAAAUGACAAAGGAAAGAAAGCAACCUUAGGAGAAAUAAGUCCUGCUAAAGAUAAAAUAGGAGAAAAUGUCAAAAUAUCAGAAAAGAAGCUGAAGCAGGAAUCUGAAGAUAGAAUGAUUUUAAACAAAACAGAAGAUCACAGGGGGAAAGAACUGGAGACAGCUGACAAAAACAAAGAGAGUGGAGCGUUCAAACCUGAAAGUAGCCCACCAGUUAAGAAAACACCAAUAACUCCAGGGCCCUGGAAGGUGCCAAGUGCAAAUAAAGUCACAGGCCCUACUGGUGUGGCUGAGAAACGGCAGUGACCUUUAGAAUAGAACAAAGGAACACAAAUUCUAAUCUUUUCUAACUAAAAAGCAGCAUUUAAAAAACAAAAAAGGUAAUCCCCCUCCCGCCUCUGAAAUUUUGAACCAUACAUGAGUACAUUUUAAUUUGAGCAUCAAGUUACCUAGGCUGCAUGAAGGGCCUUUUGGAUUGCUAAGAACCAACUGUCCCCUGGCUGGCUGCCCUCCCUUGUGUUAAAGAAGGAGCUGCAUCCGUGCUCAUCUUGACGUGCCCUGCUCAGGCUGCCCAACCUGUCGUCCUGAGUGUCGGAACCAAUGACAUGUUGAUAUUGACAAUAUGAUCACCACUCACUUUGUAGUCGUGCCAAGUUAUCUACUGUAUCAUGUCUGCUUUAUCCUCACUCAGAUAUUUUCCAUAGAAAAAGCUAGGUUUGACUUGGAAGUUGUUCUCAAUAGCAUGUUGCAUGUUUACAGAGAGAAAUUAAGUCCUUGCAAGAGAGAUUAACUCAUCAUUUAAAGAUGGUAGUUACUUCUUACAGCAACUGAUGAUGUCCUAGUUUAAAAGUAAAACCCCCAAACGUAAGUACUCUAAAGAAAAAAAAAUAUAGUCAAGCAUUGGCACUUUCUUUUGACUUUUUAUUUUAAUUUGGCUGGAUAAGGUUGUUUCAAAUAACUGAGAAAGUUAUUACUUAAAACUGAAUGUUCAAAAUGAGGAAGUACUUCAGCAACAAAGAGUUCACCUCCUGUUGCAUUAUCAAGCCUGAUGUAGUUACAGCAUCUCAAAUCACCCUUUCUAUUGCAGUUUUCAUUAUAAAACCACAAAAAAGCAUGUGCAAAUACUGCGUAUUGCUCUUAGGAAGAAGGUACCAAAUUUCUAUUUCUGACUCCCUUGGUUCUAGCGCCUACUAAAUGCAUUAGUCUUUAACACAUGAUAUAUAUUUGAAGAGUAAAAAUAUUAUAUAGUUUGUGAGGGACUUAACCAUGAAACCAGUUUCAGAGCCUGCUGCCAGAUAAAUUAUCCACUCAUCUGGCAGCAGCUGUACAAAGUUCAGGUGUUCAGAAGCAGAACCUUUGUAAGGCCUGCCCAGCAAGGACAAAAAUACUGAUAGAUAGUACUUGCUGGAUCUUACUUACUUUUGAUUUCCAGCUACAUUAACUUUCUUGUUUAAAAACAAGAAGGGGAAACUAAACAUCUGCUAAGCUUGUACACAUUUUCAGAGUUCUUUUUUUAAAUCUAAUUAAAGAUGAUUGUUGGAAAUUGGAGACAAGUUUUUAACUCCAUAAAAAAGAUUCAGGUUUCUCAAUACCCUAAAGUAGCAUUCAGUGGCAUCUAUAAAUAAAGGAGCAUUCUCAGAACAAAUCCAUUUUAUGGAGUAUUUGAAUACACUUGUUCUGUCACCCUGGGUUCAUCUUGUUGGUGUGAAACACAUUAUGUCUAGGUUCUUCUCUCUCAGAGUCUGACUGUAAACGCUUUAAUAUAACAACUGAAUCAGCCCCUGUAGAUAUGACAUGCUUCCCAGAGUGAGAUUUUUGAAAUCCCUUUUCAUCCAGAACUGUAUUCAACAACCUACCAUAACUACUUGAAUAGAACAAAAUUAGGAGGCUUGGUAAAAAUGCUAAGAAUUUAGUACCAAGGAAGUGAUUUAUUUUCCCUAGAGUCUACAAUUAGGGAUAAAAAUCCUAAGAAUUUAGUACCAAGGAAGUGAUUUAUUUUCCCUAGAGUCUACAAUUAGGGAUACAAAUCCUAUUUUUAUUGUUAACUGUGACAUAACUUUGAUGUCAUGUUGUCAGUCUAAUGUGGCUCUUCCUUUCUAAAUAACCUGUCACUGUACUGAUUAUAUACUGACUUAGCCAUGUGGCCUUGGAAUGCUAAGCAAAUUAUGGAUGUACUGGUUGUAAAUUAUAUAAUGUACAGUAUCUUUAUAUAUACACUUGAGGUUCUGAUUAGAGAAAGAGAUCUGUAAAUGGCUUGUUAUUUUUUAUAUAGAUAUUAAAAAACAAAUACAAAAAAAAAUUCAUAGCAUUCAUUUCUUUCACCGUCAGAUUCUUUAAUGUUGCUUCCUAUUUGUGGGGCCAGUUCCCAUCAUAGCCUGAGUCCUCAAAUAGAUUUUGUCCCUCCAAGUAACAAACAUCCAAAGACCUACAACAAGGACAACUCUUAGGUUGAUGAAUUUAUUUGUAAAGCUACACUUUUUAUCUGUUUGUAAAGCGC